GUGUAAUAAGACGAGAGAGUCGACAACAUAGUGGCCCAAUAUACUCAAGCUCUCUCGUUGCCAUUGUAAUCGUCGUCUCAUCGAUAUACAUCUCCAUAUUCGGCUCGUUUACAUCGUUCCGAUAGAGCAUCGCCAAGAGAGCGGCUACUUGGUUAACAGUACAAUUAACGUAUCGACUCGUAUUAUGAUAUAUUAGAUUAACGAAAAAUCGCAGCCGAUCGCCGAAAUUCCGUAGCGCCUGUGUGCCUGCUGCUAUUACUACCUACUGCUGCUGUUGCUGCUGCUGCUGCUGCUGCUGCUGCCGUUGCUGCUGCAAGUGCGUGAACAUAUAUAUUGUGUAGUUGCAUAUAUAGAUAUACCUGUAUGCCAACGGCUGUGCGUGCGCAAGGAAGGAGUUUGAAGUGUGUCGCGAAUUUAUACAUCAUAUAUACAUCGCACGGAAAAAGAAAAACAACGUUGACAUAUUAAGUGUUUUCUUCAUUAAGUGUGCAGUUGAUUAUAAUCUGACAACCAGAAUAAACGUAUCUUCUGGACUAACGUGACGUCUGCGUGUGUUGUGUAUAUGUGCGUGCGUGUAUAUACAUAUAAAAUACGUGUGUGUGUUGUGUCGAAUUCGCAGUGUGCUAUAUGUACACACAUGUAAAUGAUAGCGUGCUAUAUAUUACGAGGCGCGUUGAAUCGUCGCUUUUCAUCUAUGACAACGGCGUCGGACCCUCUCGUUGGACGCAGACAAUGAAAACGUCGCUUGGAUGAAUAAUUUUAAUUCUUCACCAUUAUUAAUUUGCUGCUGCUGUCGCUCAGCUCUUUACUGCCGUAUCCUGCUAUACCUGUAUAGCGUGCGUUGGUGUUGGUUACCCGCGCGCGUGAAAUAACCUCAAAAACAUUACGUUUUGCAUCUAUUCUAUCUAUAUACACAUACAACAGGCACACUUGUGUACGACAACGACGAUACGACGAUUCUUCACACACGAACGAACGCACCCACACAAACAACGCUCGCUCGCACACAGUGGCACGCAAGAGUCGAGCAGUUUUUCCUACAUAAUAAUAGUCUUAUCAACUCUACGUGUGCCGAUUCGUUAUUACUAUUGUUUUUUUCCUCGUUGGACCCACGAAGAUAGAGAAGCUGUGGCUAAUCGCGCGAUCGAAAAUUCCUGUGCCAGAUAUCGUUCGAGAAUUCGCCACAAUGGUCCGGAAAAAGUAAGAAGAUUUCUCCGAUUUUUCCUCGAAAAAUUCAGCUCGGAUCCAAAGCUCAGGGUUCGAUUUUAAUACGCAGAAGCUCAUUUUUUUCGUUUUUACUUUUUUUUCUUCUUUUUUUUUUUGUUGUUGAACGACGACGUCGACAGUGAUCUGUGUUGCAUCGCAGUUGUGCAAGGGAGAGAGUGACUUACGAGCUAUUAUCAGAUGAUUUUUUGCAUGAAGAUAGUUCAUUGAGUUAUUUUUUGUUAUAAUACAUGCACGGUAUCAGUGCAGCAGUGCUUGCAGUUUAAAAGACAAAUUCGUGCUUGUGCGUGUGCAGUUGGGAUUAAAUGAUUUGUUCGAUUCAAUUAGUGCCAAUUACAGUUGUCCGAUGGAUUAUCAGGAAUGACUGAGAACUGCUGGAGUGCUGGCGGUGAUGUCUGCUGGAGCUCAAUUACAGAUGGCACCCCAAACAACAGCUAAUUCUGGUCAGUCAAUUCUUAGUCAAGACUCAAACAUGAGCACUGGCUCGUCGCACAGCGACAAGGAAGCAGAUCCUAAUACUCCUGAAAAGGUACCUAGAACCAUUACAGAAAGAAAGAGGAAACGCAAAGCGGAUGACACUGGAAGUGGUCCUGGUCCAACGACAAAAGGAGCCAGAUCUGCUGCUGGUAUAGAUAACAAAAAAAUUAAUGAAUAUUUUCCAAAACAUCAUGUUGGAAAUAGUCCUAUAAGGCAUGGAGGUGCCAAAAGUCCUUCGCCACAACAGUCAUAUUCCAUGUUCCCACCACCACAAUUAAUACCACCCCAACAGCUUGUACCACCUCAACAAGCAUCGACUGGCUCAGGGGUGGUAUCUGCAACUUCUAAUGUUGGUGGCUCUACGUCAGGUGCCCCUUCAAAUCGCGAACCAACGACUCCGACGACGACGACCGGUAACGCGUUAGGUACGAGUGCCUCUGCGGUUUCAGGAUCGGAAUUCCUGCAACCACAGAGGCCUGCUGCACUUACGUCGUCUACGAGUCCCACGUCGACGACUGGCAAUGCCACCGCACCAGUAACAAGUGCAACCAACACGACAGCAGCUUCGACAGCAGCAGUAGCUGCUGCGAGUGCGUCAAUGGUUAGCAAAACGGUGCAGGUAAGGUCAGCCAAUCUACCUAGGACGGGUCAGGUCAGGCAGCAGAAGAACACCACUCCAAAUACUGAUUUAACUUGCCAAAGGAUACAAGAGUAUGAAACUCAGACUUCGUCCGAUUUAGAAUUACGAAAUAGUAAAAUCGACGAUCUUAAUAGAGCGAAUGAAGAACUUAGGCAUCAGGUGAAUAGCCAACAAAAAGUCAUAGAUCAACACAAAUCGCAGAUUAGUAAAUGUGUUGACGUAGUUAAGAAAUUGUUGAAGGAGAAAUCAAAUAUUGAGAAAAAAGAAGCGCGUCAGAAAUGCAUGCAGAAUCGUUUGAGGCUAGGUCAAUUCGUUACGCAAAGGGUUGGUGCUACUUUUCAAGAAAAUUGGACUGAUGGUUAUGCCUUCCAAGAACUGGCUCGCCGUCAAGAGGAGAUCACGACUGAACGCGAAGAAAUCGAUCGCCAAAAGAAACUUUUGCUAAAGAAGAGACCCUCUAACAGCGAGACAGGGAGAAAACGCAGCAGUCAGCCUGCCCAACCGGCGUCUUUACACAACGGUACUGAGCCUACGUUCCUCAAACCCGACGCGGUUCCAGGCUCUUACACGUGGCAGGAAUAUUACGAAGCUGAUGAAAUUUUAAAGCUACGUCAAAGUGCUCUAAAAAAAGAAGAUGCCGAUCUGCAGCUAGAAAUGGAAAAACUUGAACGCGAACGUAACUUGCACAUUCGUGAACUCAAAAGAAUACACAACGAGGACCAAUCGAGAUUUAAUUCACAUCCUGUUCUAAAUGAAAGGUAUCUUCUCCUUAUGCUAUUGGGUAAAGGCGGAUUUAGUGAAGUUCACAAAGCGUUCGAUCUCAAGGAUCAACUUUAUGUUGCCUGCAAAGUGCAUCAACUAAACAAAGACUGGAAAGAAGAUAAAAAAGCUAACUAUAUUAAGCACGCUUUAAGGGAAUACAAUAUUCACAAGGCUCUUGAUCACCCAAGAGUAGUCAAGCUGUACGACGUUUUUGAGAUUGACGCUAACUCUUUUUGUACAGUGUUAGAAUACUGCGAUGGUCACGACUUAGAUUUUUAUUUAAAACAGCACAAAACUAUUCCAGAAAGAGAAGCUAGAUCAAUAGUGAUGCAAGUAGUAUCAGCUUUGAAAUAUCUUAACGAAAUCAAACCUCCGGUGAUUCACUACGAUUUGAAACCAGGCAACAUUUUGUUGACUGAAGGUAACGUUUGCGGUGAAAUCAAAAUCACAGACUUUGGACUUAGCAAAGUAAUGGAUGAAGAAAACUAUAAUCCUGAUCACGGGAUGGACCUGACUUCGCAAGGAGCCGGAACUUAUUGGUAUCUUCCACCAGAAUGUUUUGUGGUUGGUAAAAAUCCCCCCAAAAUCUCAUCCAAAGUUGAUGUGUGGAGCGUUGGAGUAAUAUUUUAUCAGUGUCUUUACGGGAAAAAACCUUUUGGGCACAAUCAAUCCCAGGCUACAAUUCUAGAAGAGAAUACAAUUCUCAAAGCCACAGAAGUUCAAUUCGCCAAUAAACCAACCGUCAGUAAUGAAGCUAAGAGCUUCAUUCGAAGUUGUUUGGCGUAUCGGAAAGAAGAACGCAUCGAUGUAUUAACUCUGGCACGGCAUGAGUAUUUACAGCCUCCAGUACCAAAGCACGGUAGGCAAGCGAAUAGCCAACAGCAACAGCAGCAACAACAACAACAAAUUCAGCAACAACAACAACAGACUUCAUUCACAACUGGUAUGUUCAGUGGCAUGAACGCAUCAAGUAGCUCGUAGCUGUCGAGUACCGGUGCCGGUGGUGAUAGAGACUCUCGUGGAGCUAUCAUUGCUUACACGCCGAACUUGGGCUUGUUAAAAGAUAACGAAGAUGUAACACCAGCUGUUGUGCUUAUGGAACGACGGAGAAAACUUACAUGAUGAUGGAAACAAAACAGAAAUUGUAAAUAAACCCUCCUUCAUAAUUGAAGACCGUCUCUAGUAGAGAUGUACAUAACGAAUAAGCAGUUAAGUCAGCCACGCAUCAACGAUCGAGGUUUCAUACGUGCCUCAUCUAUAGGACUGGCUGCCUAUGAAGUCUUGAAAAGACAAAAAACGCUCACAAACAAAUUUUCCGAUUCAUGACAAAGCGAACACAGAGAAACAUAAAACUGUGUUCUUACAUUAUAAAUAAUCAAUCGUAUUAUCGUUCCUUGUAUCAAAACGAAAAAAGUGGAUUACUGAUGAUUAAUACAAAUAGUGCUAUUAUUGAUUGAACAAAUAAGGCGAAAUAAUAACUAUAAGAAUUGAGUACGAAAUGAAAUGAAAAAAAAUGUGAUAAGUCAUUGUAAACAUAUAAUACGAGAUAUAAAACAAUACAACGGAGUCGAGGAGUUUGAGAAAAAAUGAAUAGACAAAACAAAUUCGCGAAUGUGUGAUAAAUGUUGAAAGCUGAUAAAAAUGUAGUAUCUAGUGAAAGUGAAAUUAUUACUCAGUGACUGAAAAAAGACAGACAUAGCGAACGAGUGAAUGCAUUAGGUUUUGAUGAAUCUUUGAAAAUCAGAGCAAUGACUCCGGGGCAAAUUCCACACGUACAUAUUACAUGAUAGUGUUGUACUUGACUAAUCAUCAAAGUAACUGUAAUAAUAUUGAAGCUUUUUUGUUGUUGUUUGAACAUGUGAUUUUUUCCUCUUUUGUUCUGAACAUUAAGCUUGUAAAAAUUAUUUCGUGGUGAUUGAAGGUUAUAUUCGAGUGAGUGCGGUUAUAAUAAUGACUGUAAGUUUGUUUUUAAUGGUAACUCAUAAUUAGCAGCAAGCAUGUAUAAGCGUGUUAUUUGUAAUUUGUAAAUAUUUAUGCUUUAUAUAUAUCUAAACUGAUGAAUCUGAUAUAUAAUAUAUAUAAAUAUAUAUAUAGUGUAUAAAUAUUUUAAGUUAGUAGCGGAUAACGUAACGAUGAAAUGGACAGUUAACAAAAUUAGCAAUUAUUAAAAAAAAAACCGUAAAUUAUAAUAAUGAUGAUGAAUUGUAGUGAAGUUAAGACAUGGAAUUUGUGUGGUGGAUUACUCCUCACAUGGUUGUCGUGCAACGCCAUAUAUUCCAUGAAUAUUUGACCCGCACAUCUAUGUUACUUUAUUCGAAAUAAAAUGAAUAAUUGAUUACUU